CGGCGGGGCAGCGGCGGAGCCUCCAUGGGUCCCGGCGGGCGCUGGGUGCGGGCGGCACACACGGCCCUCAGCGCGGCCCUGACGCUCGGGCUCCUCCUGCACCGCACGGAUCUGCGCGAGCAAGAGGAGCGCGGGGAGCUGCUGCGGCCGCUCAGCUUCGUCCUGCUGGUUCUGUGCUCCGUCCUGCUGUACUUCAAGGUGUCUCUCAUGGAUCCGGGUUUUGUUAAGCCUGAAGAGGAAGCAAAGGCAGGGGAGGCUGAAGGACAAAGCCUGGUGAUGCCCCAGGCCACGGGCGAGGUGAAGCUGCGGCGCUGUGGUUACUGCCUGGUGAAGCAGCCCAUGAGAGCCAGGCACUGCCAGCUGUGCCAGCACUGCGUGCGGCGCUACGACCACCACUGCCCCUGGCUUGAGAACUGUGUGGGAGAAAGGAACCACCCCCUCUUCAUGGCCUACCUGGGUGUGCAGCUUGUGGUUCUGCUGUGGGGAGGCCACGUUGCUUGGUCAGGCCUCUCCUUUCAACAGUCCUGGGAAUGGCUGCAGCACAACAUUUUCCUCCUCCUGUCCUUCUUCCUGAUAGCCACAUUCACCAUUGUGGUCCUGCUGCUGCUCGUGUCCCACCUGUACCUGAUCUCCUGCAACACCACGACCUGGGAGUUCAUGUCCCACCACCGCAUCUCCUACCUGCGCCACUCCGAGCGGGAGAAUCCCUUUGACCAGGGCAUAAUCCUCAACCUCUGGAGAUUCUUCUGCUCACGCCACCUCACUGCGUGGGAGCAAAUCUAUUUUCACAGGAACAGCGAGCCUGUGUAGUGCCAGGAGUACCAGCACACCUGCAGGUUGCUGGGCAGAGCUUUGCUCGUGUAAUUGCUGCUGCUUCCUCGCACUGAACUUUAACACAUCAUGGACUGUGCAACCUGCUCCACAACCUGCUCACCCUGCAAAGUACUUUUCAGGGAUAGCCAGGGUUAUUUUUAAUAUACAAAUAACACUGUUAAAGAUGAGACACUGGUUCUGGGAAGGGCAAGGUCAGCAGAGCUGAUUUCUGGUCCGAGGAAAGGUAUCUCUCUAAACUUACUUCCUUUUCUUAACUGCAUCCACAUCUCCUGAAGAAUUCUCUUCCCUGAGGUCUCCCUCUCGUUUUGCUGCUAGGGAAAAGCAGCAAUUACAGACAAAACCAGCCAGGAUCACUGUAAUUCCUGUGGCCUUUCUUCAGCCUAGUUCUGACUGGGAGAACUGCAGUGCCUUUUGUCAGUAGGAUUGGGCACGGAACAGAAAUACUUGAGUAAAUAUUUAGACAGCCAAAAGCAAAUUUCACUUCAUCCACAUGCCUCAAGUUAAUGCUUUCCACAAAGCUUUGAGGCUUAACACUGUUAAGUGCAUGAGAAACAGCUGUAAGACACCCAAUUCAGCUUAUGAGAUAAUUAGCCUGUACUUUGUGAUGCCCUGAGCAGCUUCCUCACAGCUUUUUAAGUUGAUGCUGCUGCUAACAAUUCACAGGCUAUUUUGAAUCAAGUCAGCAAAGAAUGACACUAUCUACUUUCCUUUGGACAGAAAAGUAAUGCUUGGCUACUGAGAUAUUGGUAAAACUACUACUACCUCAACACACUAGUGAGAUUUUAAUAAAAGAGUACAAUUCCAGUGCAAGAGGAAAGCUGCCAGAUGCUGGUGGAUGAGAUGAGGGCUGCUGACAGCAGCAAGUGCACUUGUUUUCCAUUGAAAUAGUUCAGUUUUCCAUGGGGUACUAAAAGGAAGUUUGGGAUGGGCAACUUCAGCUUUAAAAACGGAGAAGGCUGUGGUGUCAGUUUUAGACCUGACCCUUUCCUGUUAAAAAACAAGAAAAAAAAACCACCACACCAAAAAACACCACAACAAAACAUUAGUUAAAAUUAUUCUGUGCCUUAAUUGCCUUGGCUCAGGAAGUGAGAGCAGCUCAGGAGCACAUCUGGCAAGCCAGGAGGAUGCACUUGGGGUUUAAAGUUAAUGAACACUCAUGAAAGGACAGUGCAGUCACUACCACAGCAUGACAGUCCAAAAGCAGAUUGAAAACAGCACAAGAUCCCUUUUUUGACCAAGUCCAGAGUGUGUGAUCCCUGCCCAGUCUGGUUUGUUCAGGGUAGAAGCUCUUAUGAGAGGGAUAUAAAACCACUAAGGAUUGUUUUUGGGACACUGCAAUACCAUCCAGAAUGGAUUCUGUGGUUGGUUUGUGUCACUGUGGUGCCUGCUACAGCCUGGAUCAUCUUUUCUGGUUCUUCAGGUAUCAGUCAAGUAGAAAUUUGUCAGCAGGUUCUACAGCUCAAAGCACAGUUUUGCUCUGUUUGGUAAAUAUUUUUAAAAAGCACUGGGAUGUUAAUUUACCUUUUUUUUUUUUUACUCUAAAUUAUAAAAUAAAAUAUUAAAUAUGCUUUUUUUUUUAA